CAACCAAGUGGUGGACCCCAACCCGAGUGCCCAUCAGGAUCCGGCUCCGAGGGCGCGGAACGGUGCGGGACGGGCAGGUGGGGCGUCGGCUUGCAUCGGGCUGCCCCGCGGAGGGCCCGACGGGCAAUAGCAUACAUAGCAGACCACAUACAUCAACAUACCACACCCCGAGACAUCACGGUGCGGCAUCAUACACAACCCCCAACACCAACGCCAAUACACACAAAAUUCACUCAAGAUGGCAAGCUCGUGGGUGCCAGACAUCGACCCGGCCAGCGACUUCUCGCUCGCCAACAUCCCGUUCGGCAUCAUCUCAACCCCCGACGACCCCGCGCCGCACGCCGCCGUAGCCAUCGGCUCAUACGCCCUCGACCUCAAAGUCCUAACCGCCAACCCAGACCUCUCAUCCCAGCUCUUCCCCUCCAUCCCCAACCUCCCCGAAGCCUUCGCCCAACCCACCCUCAACACCUUCGCCGAGCUAGGCCGGCCCAUCCACCGCCAGGUCCGCACCGCCCUCCAGAACCUCCUCUCCACCACCACCGCCCACCCCUCCCUGCUCCGCGACAACCCCACCCUCCGCGCCCGCGCCCUCCUCCCCCAAUCCGCCGUCCGCACCCACCUGCCCAUGGCCAUCGGCGACUACACCGACUUCUACGCGGGCUACCACCACGCCUUCGCCGUCGGCGCCAUGUUCCGCGGCCCGGACGCCGCCCUGCAGCCCAACUACCUGCACCUGCCGGUCGGCUACCACGGCCGCGCGUCCAGCAUCGUCGUGUCGGGCACGCCCGUGCGCCGGCCGGUCGGGCAGAUCCUGCUGGACGGGAAGCCGGAGCCGGUCACGGCGCCGUCGCGUAAGCUGGAUAUCGAGUUGGAAUUGGGGUGUUUUGUGGCGAGGGGGAAUGAGAUGGGGAGGGGGAUCGCGGUGGGGGAGGCGGAGGAGUAUAUUUUUGGGUAUGUGUUGUUGAAUGACUGGAGUGCGAGGGAUGUGCAGACGUGGGAGUAUGUCCCGCUGGGACCGUUUAAUGGCAAGAAUUUUGCGAGUACGGUGAGUCCGUGGGUGGUGCUGGCUGAUGCGCUGGAGCCGUUCCGGGCGAAGGGGGUUGAGGUGGAGGGCCGGCCGGAGGUGCAGGGGUAUUUGAGGGAGGGGAGGGCCGAGAGCGUGUUUGAUGUGAGGUUGGAGGUGGAUUUGACGACCGCCGAGGGCGACACGACCACCAUCGGCCGCACCAGCUCCAAGCACCUAAUCUGGUCAUUCCCGCAGAUGCUGGCGCACCACACCCUAGGCGGCUGCCCCAUGCGCUCCGGCGAUCUGCUCGGGUCUGGUACCAUCAGCGGGCCCGGUGGCGUUGACGAGCGCGGCAGCCUGCUGGAAAUGACGGAGAACGGCAAGAAGGAGGUUCUGCUAGCUGGGAUGGAUGCGCGGACAUUUCUCAAGGAUGGGGAUACCGUAACGCUUCGUGGGUUCUGUGGGGAGGAGGGUGCGCGGGUUGGGUUUGGGGAAUGCCGCGGGCGGAUUUACAGCGCUUUGCAAAAGUGAAGGGGACACGCCUGGAUUAACAUCCGGUUCUGAAAUGAUAGUUAAAAUGGAUGCCGGAAAGUUUGGUGUUCUAAAUUAGGAGUGACCCGCAUGAGAAGCAAACAAUGGCACACACACACUGAGACACGGCCCGACCCCGAAUCUCAAAUCUGCCAAGAAUCGUCAAAAAGGCAAGGGUCCAUCCCCCUCGUUCCCAACAAGCCAGUGCAUGAUC